AAAAAACUCCACACGUUUUCUUGGCGUUGUUUGCUAUCCGGCAUUACAUUUUAGAAAUUUUUAUCUUUUAUUUCGUUUGUUGUGAUGUAAAAUGUAGUGUUAUACAUAACAGAUGCAUUUCUUCAAGUAUUUACUAUUUGUUUUACACGAAACAACAUCAUAGACAUGUAGCUGCAGGUCGAAAUACAGUUUUAUUAUGAUUUUUACAAUAGCAGCGCCACCAAUAUCCAUUUGACAUGAAACAGUUACAAUAGAUGGAGCAAACCUAAUAAUAAUCAUAUACCAUGGCUUCCCCCUCAACGUCGGCUGGGCGAGCGGACGACGCAGACCCGCAGUCGGUUGAUUUACUGCAAUCCCUCAAACUGACCACUAUUGAUAUAGUUGGAGGCAUUUUAUGUCACAUCUGCCAUGUAACAUUUGGAAAUAAAAAAGAUUAUGACAACCACUAUGUGAAGCAUGAUACAGGGAGAAGUGAGAUAGUCUACACAUGUGUCGUAUGCCACAAGGAGAUAACAGGUUACCGCAGCUUCCAUGGACACUGUUAUCUGGUUCAUGUCACCAAAGAUAAAUUUAAAUGCGAGACUUGCUCCAAAGUGUUUUCAAAAUUUAGCGUUCUCAAACAACAUAUGGACACCAAACACAAUUUUUUUUGUCCAUCAUGCAAGCAACAAUUUUCAUCAGCCAAGCAAUUACAGCUACACCAAAUUAUUCACAAAAAUGAUAAGAGCCCCCCAUACGACUGCCACAGUUGUGGUCAGCAAGUUAACGACAUAGACAGCUGUGAGCAACAUAUUGAAGAACAUUGCGAGAUAUUCUACUCAUGCCCUAUAUGCAAUGAGAAUAUACCAAACUUAUUGUCUGCUUCCGAACAUCUGAUUAAGCAUUUUGGCACAGUACUUAACAAUGAUUACCCAUCAGGGAAUGAAUAUACAGAAUUGCCCAUUAUACCCAAAGAUAGCUCCAUAGACAUUAUUGGUGGCAUUUGGUGCUGUUACUGCAAAAAUAUUUUUAAGAACAGGCUUGAGUUUGAUACACAUUUUUCUAUGGAACAUAGUGAUAAAAAUAAAGUAUACUCAUGUAACAUCUGUGGGAAAGCAUAUGAGAAAUACUUCUUGUUUGGGAGUCACUGCUAUGAUCAUUUCGCUAAGGAUAGAUAUGAGUGUGAUGAGUGUGGAAAAACAUUCUCCCGCCUCUCUCUGCUAGUGUUUCACACAGAAGCUUUCCACUCGAGCGACACAGUGACCGACAAGCCAUUCACAUGCAUGCAAUGUGACCAUGGCUUUAUGUCGGAGUCCCGCCUCCGUGUUCACCUGCGAGAGGUUCACGCCAUUCAGCAUAUUAAAUGUCCUGUAGAAGGAUGUCAAGAAAUAUUUCAAACGCCAAAAGAAUUGAUCCUCCAUAAACGUCAACAUAAAAUAGUUGAUGACCAUAGAUGCCAGCAAUGCGGUCUCCACUUCACCACCCUGAGUGCCUGCGAGAAGCAUGUCCCCCUGCACUGCAAGAAGCAGUACUCGUGUCCGGUCUGCAAGAAGAAUUACAGUGAAAAAUACCUCAUCAUGAAACAUGUGCCGCAGCACUUCUCAGCCGUUAUACACAUAUGCAAAGAUUGCGGAAGAAUGUACAAUGCCAGAAAUCGUCUAGUGGAGCACGCAAAGGUACAUUCCAAGGAACGUGUGCACAAAUGCAGCUACUGUGAAAAGAGUUUCGUGAAGUCGUACCAGUUACAGCAACACCUCAACAUACAUACUGGUCUGAAGCCGUACAAAUGUGUCGAGUGUCCGAAAUCGUUUGCAAGCGCCCCCAAUUGGUCCAAACAUAUGCGUAAAAUACACAAUAUCCAUUCCAAAAACCUUGCGAAGCCUGCACUCGAGAAUAACAAUGAAGUGUUCAAUGCAGCUGAUCCGAAAGCAAAGAAGACAAAGGCAAACAAUAUUAUUCCAGACAGUUAUAAAAUAGAUGAUUUAGUCGAUUCAAUGAGUUCAGAGAUAUCAAUGGAUGCCUUUAGUUGCAAACUGUAUGAGUCUGACGAGAGUACGAUCGAGUCUGACACCAUCGGCCCAGCAGUGAUGGAGAAGGACGCGACGAUGUAUGACUCCGCAAACACGCUAGACGUCAUGAGCGACCUCACUGAACUCACUAACGCCUCAUCCGAUGACUUAGAAGCUAUUAUAAAUGCAUGCACAGGGUCAGGUUCUACGUCGGCGUCAGUGUGGUUCCCGCGCGAGUACGGGCCGGACUUCGUGUCGGCGCAGGACGGCGGCGGCGGCGGCGGCGGCGGCGCGGUCAUCGACCUGGACCCGCCGCUGCCGCACAUCGACCCGCGGCUGGCGCAGCGGCCGCCGCGCGCCUGGGACCCGCCCGUGCUGGCCAAGCUGCAAGACUGCCCGCUCGCGUACGCAGACAUCGCCGACACCGUGCACCUCUCCCUCAUGAACACGGACAUAUACUGAACACGCAGCCCCUCUCGCCGCGCCCGUCUACGCUGCGGUCUACUCCACAGGUCUAUCUAUACAGUCUAUUUACAGGGUACACACGAAUAAUACCUGAGUCCUCAGGAAUGGCAACGCAUGGGCGGUAUCAUGGGCGAAACAGUAUACUCUGUUAUGUCCAUGGUACUGCUCAUAUAUCGUCAUAGUCGUAGAAUACUGACGGAUCUGACGAAGAUUACAUAUAAAGAUCCGUCAGUAUUCUACGACUAUGACGAUAUAGUUGACGGUUACCAUUUCCCAUCAGGUGGGCCGUUAGCUUGUUUGCCAUUCUAAAUUGCUUAAAAAACAAGUGUAGUUUUUUAAAUUGUGCAAAAUUGGAAGUCAACUUUUUAAAGGACAUCAUAUUGUAAAUGUUGACAGCACUGAAAUAAACAGAAGUCCUUCAGUUUACUGAACUGUCCUGUAAUCGACUUGUACAGGUUUACCUCGUAUGUAGACUGUAACGUGUACGGCUUGCAUUAGAAACUAAUAGUCGAAUAGUGUUAUAUAUAUAUAUAUAUAUAUAUACGGCGGAACGGUCUCGGCUUUCCUAACGUUUCGUUCGCACAUCAACGAGUCGUGUAUUAAUACGAGCCAAGCUUUUAUCAGUUUACGAAUCGUGAAAAAUAACGGAUCCGUUAUCGUGAGUCGUCGUAAUUUACGAUUCAGUUUUGACACACAACAUGGUCGAUUUUGUGACACCAUUCUCUAAACCUAUGUUUAAAAUUAAAAUAUCAAUUUGGUUUACAACGAAAUCUUCAUUCUAAUGAAGUAAUUUUCUAAAUAGAUUUCAAGUUAAAAUUAUUCUUUAUUGUACAUAAAAAGGUAUUGUGACAGAAUAGUAAUUAAAUAUAAAAGUCCACAAGGGGGCGAGCUCAUCUCUGAAAAGAGAUUUUGUUCCAGCAAGCCCAAUAUGAGAUAAACUGGCAGUUUAUUCAUAGUGACAGGCAUACAUGUGUACCAAUCGACUUAAAUGUUAUAGUUCAGUGAUUCUCAACCUUUUUUUUUGUCGCGGCACAUAUUUAACGAUUUCAAAAUUUGGCGGCACACAAAGAGAAAGAUAAAAAUUAUUUACUUACUACAACACACUGCAUAAAUAGUUUAUGACAAAAAAUUUUAAAAAUUUGCAAAAUUUGGCGGCACACUUUCAAAAUUUGGCGGCACACAAAAGUGCCGCGGCACAGUGCUUGAGAAUCACUGUUAUAGUUUAAAAUAAAUACAUAAAUAUUUAUUUUAAUCAUUUGAAAUUUAUUUCAUAUUGGUUCUUAGAAUGAAGAUUUGGUUCUUAUAUCAAAUUAAAACUUUUAAUUUUAGAGGCAGCUUUAGAGGCACGAAAUCGAGUCCCAAUGUCCCAAUUUGUCUUUGUGUAAUAUAUUUCUUCAUUUAUAUUGUUAGUAUAAGUUGCCAAUGACCGAAAUUGGCAAAUCGUAUUAUAGCACAACUCAAUUUUUAUAUAUAAUCGUCUAUUCGUCAUUGACGAUUCGUAAUUUAAACGGCGAAUCAUCAUUGAUGAUCGAAUGUGUGAACGGGGCCGUAAGUUUAUACGAUCAUUUUAAUAUAUUGCCAAAAAAAAAGUAACAGUUUCUAAUACAUUGUAUUUGUAUGAAGUUAAUAAAUACAUUUGAUGUUUUAAUCGAUUCGAACGAAAGUGCCGAUCGCCAUUCUGCUGAGCCACACUGCUACCUCAUUCAGAAACGAUUAUAUACCUCAGUAAUCCAUAGGAACUAUUUUAAUGUAACUCUCGAGAUAAAUAUAUAACAUAUAUCCCACCAAAACAUUAUGUGCAUAUAAUGUUUUUAUCAUAUUCAUAACAAUGCUACCUCAUUUUAGUUUUUUAAGUUUGUGCUUUAGUAUAUCAACAGAGGAAUAUUUUGGGAUUCAUCGUUUCAUAUAAAAAAAAGAAAAAAAAAACUUACUAUAUAAUGUAGUGUAUGUAUUUGUGCCAUGCGAUCGUUCGCGCAGUCAAUGCAGAUUGGUGUUUUAUUCGUAAAUUGUAAAUGACACGUGUCACGUUGGAGCGGACGUUUGCCGCAUCCGAUUUAAUUCAGUAGAGCUUGUGAUAGUAUACCGGCUCGUCUUAUAAUUUCGAUUGAUUCGAUCCAAAGUUUUAGGCUUAAGAUACUUCGGUGAACACAGCUUUGUAAAUAUUGGUAUUGUUUGCGGCACUUGGUAAUUGCAUUUCUGUGUUGCUUGCUUUACAAGGCUGCCGGCUGGUGAUGAUAUGGGACCUCCAUAAAAUGGUGUCUAUUUGAAAAUUGAAUUUGGAAACAUUUCAAAUGAUUCGAACGUUUACUUUUUUUUUUUUAUUGGGGUCUCUCGCGCCGAGCCCCCGACUGCCACGACGCCGCUGUCGUUCCGUGCUGCGCUGUGCUGGGCCGGCGGCAAGCCCGUGCAUUUCAAUUUCGAUUCCUUUUUUUAUUAUUAUAUUCAAAAUUACAUCGCAAAGCGACGUGAUUUUAGUGUAAGUGAAUCGAUAGUGCUGUGAUAUUUUUAUGUAUAUUUAGUGUUAAGGGUAUUGACCGUAAUGAGCGAGUACAAACAUUAUUUAUGAUGGAUUAAAUAUUAACAAAGAGCGCGGCGCCCGCGCAGGCGCCGCCCCCGGCGGGCGCGACCGCUCGCGCAUGUGCAACCGACGCGUCGGCUGCACCGGCCCGUUCAGGGGUUCCGUAUAUUUCAUAUGCGAACAGAAACACAAUCGGUGUCUUUUCACCGUAAAAAAAAUAUAUACGAGACAGUGUUACUUAAAUUAGCAGACACGGAACUGCAUCUAAUAAUGUUGAAGUAUAUUUAAAGAGAUAUUGAAUAAAAAAAAAAAUAAAAAAAUAUAAAUUGGAACUCCGAAAUAUAUUUUGGAGAGAAAUAUGUAUUUACAAGUGUGAGAAGAGGGGUCUUAGUGAUAAACGUAUCCAAAGACUGUUAGGUAUUAUAAGUUCUUUGAACUUGAAUUUGACUUAUAAGUCAGGGAUAUAAUGCGGAAUAAAGAUACGCGGAAGCAAAAUUGUAAUAGAUAACGGUGUAGCUAACGAAUAUCAUAGGCUUUGACACGAAAUUGACAAAAUGCAAGAUUGGCGCCUCAACCACCUACCGAAGGUUCGUAGUAGGCAGUAUGCAAAAUUAUAAACUAACGACAAGACCCAUUUAAAAUUUGGUGUAACGCAUGUGUAAGUCAAAAUUGACACCAUGCUUGAGUUUACAAUAAACGUAUACGUGGUGCGUGCCCACUGCUCGGCAGUGUAGCGCCACCUGAAGCAACCACGCUCGUUUGGUUCCCCCAAGUGCAGCUGGGCUGGUGCCCGGCUGUACUGUCGGCCGGUGUGCUGUCAACACAGUGCGUGCUUACAGUAAGAAGUUCACAUAGGCAUAAUGAGUCAUACAACAAACGCAUCGUUUACCUCAACAGAGGCUCACGUAGUUCAUAAAUAAAUAGUACUUAUUCGAAAACUUCUGUAAUCAUAAUAAUUGGAAAAUACCAUUUCGAUGUAAAAUUUUCGUCGCAAAGGGAACAAUAUGAAUAUUAUAAAAGUUUGUGAAACUUAAUAAAUAUAAUAUAUAUAUAUAUAUUUGAGGAAAUCUCUUAAUUAUGAUAUGGGAUAUUUUUAAUAAAUGAGUGUAAUAGUUUAAGAAUUGAAAAGAAAAUGUAGGUAAUUCAUAUAAAAAAAAAAGAAUAUUUUCUGUAUUGCGAUCGUUGGUUCGCGCCAUUUAUAUUAUAGAAAUAAGUUAGGCAAUUUAUUAAAUUGUCCCCUUUGCGACCGUAUUUGUCCCUAGCUUUUAGGUGUUAGGUUAGACUCGAGCACAGGGUAUUGUGGUUCUAUUUUAUCGGAAGCGUUAUUUGAUAGCUCGAUUAGUAAGAGAUAUAAAUCAUCCGACAAAUCAGAUGGUUGUCUAAUACUACCCCAAUACCCGACUGUGUACUAAUAGUUUCCGAAUAAAUCUGUCUUAAGGAUGUGUUAGCGUUUGACCGGGUUUAAAAGUUUUCUCUUGUUUUCAAUCUUUGAGCUGUACUCUGCUGUUUUGUUCGGCUUGCUAGCAAUUCCAAAUGGGACCGUAUUAUUAUAGGGCUGUUUACUUUAAAAUUAUCUUGUUUACAUCAUUGUUUCCAGUGAUAUAUGUGUAUGUGUGUGUGUGUGUGUGUGUAUGGAAUGUUUGGCAGGAACAGAGUGUAGCUCGACGAGGUACAUGUCAAAAUAUUCACUUAGUUUGAAUUUGUUACAUUUAUGCUAUUUUUGGAACUUUAUCCGUAUCCCACAUCAUCCAGUUAAGUGCUACGACUUAAUAAUAUAAUAAAUAUAUAUAUAUUUUUUUACAGAUGUUACUUUCAUAAUUAAUAAUCAGUCAAAGGAGCAUUUGACUAAGAGUUUUGAUAUAUUCUUAUAUAUUACUACUAUAAAAUAGAAAUUUCCGUUACAUACAGACUUGUUCAAGAGAUCCAGUAACUGUACAUUCUAUUGUCUAGAAAUAAAUAUUUCUGUUGAAUUUCUCCCUCUAAACAAAUGGCAUACGAAGCUAUCGAUAAAUGUUAAAUAUGUCAUCGUUGCCGUCUGCAUGAGGUGUGAAUGGGACAGCAACAUUCAGUGUCUUGCUCUUUCCCACGUGCACGGUAACAAACAUAUAUGUAACCAUAUACUGCCAUUUGUUUGGAUGAACCGAUAGCACUGCAAUUCGUUUUAUGGUGCAUCAACUUGUUUUUGUGUUUUUUAUGAUUUUUUUUGUUUCUUUAUAAUUUUAUGGCAUCUCUCUAUAUGGCGCGAAAGUUUUUUGAACAAUUGAACAUUUUAAGAACGUGGUAUCGGUUUUUUUUUUUUUUUUUGUAAAUUAUACGCAUUUAAUUAUAAAUACAAUACAUAGAUGUUAUGCAAUAUACAUUUAACCCGGUCGAUGUUUCGUGUAGUAAGCUAAAUUUUUCUUUUUAAUUUCUUUUUAGUGCUUUUGAAAUAUGCAUAAUGUAAUCUGUAUAAGAAAUUGUUUUCAGGCAUAUUAUUGUCGAUAAUUAUUUCGGUAUCGCGAAAUUAUUUUUGUAUAUAAAAUGUUUUUAUUCUUUACACUAACAAUGGUUGCAUGAUGAUUACACUUUGAUUGCUGUUACAAACAACUUAACAGAGCUGGCAAUGGGAUGGCCGCGCGGUAUGCUAUAGGACUUUCUUUCAAUUUUUUUUUCUUUUACACUGUUGUAUUCUGUCUCGUACAACUUCCUAGUAAUGAAAAGGAGCGGUGGUAAAAAUAAUGACCUACCUUUUUGAGCAGUCGUGAGAAACUAAUCAAGCCAUAGACAAUAAAAUUAGGUAGAGUUUAUAUAAAACCGACCUUGUACUUGAAUUCUAAUACUCGGGUUAUAUUUGCAAUUUUUGUUAAAAGCAUAAUUUGCUUUCAGAAAUCUGAAAUAAUAGAUUGAAAAAAUGUUUAGUAUCAUACUGGUUGUUAGUCGUAUUUAUCGUUCGUAACGUAUCAUGGCAAGAUUUGAACCACUGGCUUUACUUUAAACGUUAGUUUUGUUAAAUCAAUAACGAAGAUUAUUAUUUGCUAUGUUACAAUAUUUGUCAUUUCCCUCCAUUUAUAUUACAUGCUCUGAUGCUUAAGUUUGUUACUAGAUGGCGCUGUUCGGCAGAGUCAUAAUACUUUGUCUAUGCCAAUGUAUAAGUUUGUUGGUGUAAAGGAUAAUUUGGCUUUUGCUUUAAUUUUUCCCACUUGGUGUUAAACAAGGUAUGUUUUCGUGCGUCAAGCUUCUAAAUGUAAAUAGAGUCACUGUUACAAUUUCCUUUUUAAUUACAUAAUUUGGUUACAUAUGUAAUGAACGGUUUAUUUAACUAUUACUAUUUUUUUUUUCAUCAAAAUAAUGUGAAACUCUUAUACUCAGCUACAAUUUCUUAUACAUUUAUAAUUAGGUCCGACGUUUAGUCCUUAAAGAAAAUAAUUUACUUUUAGCUUAAUUUUUUUUGUUUCAUAAAACUACCUCCUUUUAAUAAUAAUAGAACAUAAUAGUUUUGAAUUUUGUUGUCUAUGGAUAUUUAUAGUUCAUACUAAUCAUAUAUUUAAUUGUUAUAUACCCACAAAUACAGAGUUUUCCAUUUAAACAGGCAUUGAUUAAUAUUGUAUCUCCUAUGGAAACUUUAUAUUUUUAUUCUUGAACUUGAUACGCCUGAAAUAGCCCAACAGUGAAUAAGAAAUUCUGAAACUUUCGGCAUUGUUCUUUGGAGUAUCCGUUGUUUUGAUGAAACGUAAGUACUAAAUAACAUACCGAACUACCUCUGCAUGCCUCUACGGUAGGUAACAAACAGUUAAAUAGAUUUUGUUAUAUGUAGGUAACUACAUUUUGACUUUACACUUUGAUAUUUACCUAUUAUAUUUUGUAUGUUAUAUGAAACAGAGUAAUUAUAAGGGACAUAGGUUUUACAUAUACUAUAAUAACGCUAUUCACUUGAAAUUGUAUGCAUGUUAUUUUCCAUUUCAUGUAGAAGCCACUCAAUCUGAAUGGGAUUGUAUUGAUUCUUAAACAUUAUAAACAAUCUGCAUA